UCAGUGGUCUGACAGCAAUAUCAACAUACUUCCUAACAAAAGAGCUCUGGUCAGCCGGUGCUGGUCUAUUCGCAGCCUGUUUCAUAGCAAUCGUACCAGGCUACAUAAGUCGAUCGGUUGCCGGUUCUUACGACAACGAAGGAAUCGCCAUAUUCGCUCUACAAUUCACCUACUUUUUAUGGAUAAAAUCGGUAAAAACCGGCUCCGUGUUCUGGGCAACUGCAGCAGCCCUCGUGUACUUCUACAUGGUCAGCGCAUGGGGCGGUUAUGUAUUUAUAAUCAAUCUGGUGCCUCUGCACGUGUUUACGUUGCUCUUGAUGGGACGAUACUCUCCGAGAUUGUUUACGAGUUACACAACGUUUUAUAUACUAGGACUUUUAUUUUCGAUGCAAAUUCCGUUCGUCGGUUUCCAACCGAUCAGGACCAGUGAACACAUGGCUGCUUCAGGAGUCUUCCUGCUACUGAUUGCAGUUGCUGCUUUAAAAUACACGCAAACGAUGCUCUCCAAGGCCGAGUUCCAAAAACUGUUUUUAGUCGGAGGCUUCACAGCGGCCGUUGUUGUGUUUUUGGGGGUCGUGGCGCUCACUUUGUUGGGUGUAGUUGCGCCUUGGAGUGGAAGAUUUUAUUCUUUGUGGGAUACAGGAUAUGCUAAGAUUCAUAUUCCGAUUAUCGCAAGUGUUUCGGAACAUCAGCCCACGACCUGGUUUUCGUUCUGUUUCGAUCUGCACAUCCUGGUGUAUACGUUCCCUGUUGGACUGUGGUACUGCGUGAAGAAUAUUAAUGACGAACGUGUAUUUGUUGUUCUCUAUGCUUUGAGUGCUGUGUAUUUUGCCGGUGUCAUGGUUCGUUUGAUGUUAACUCUGACACCUGUUGUCUGCGUGCUGUCGGGAAUAGCAUUCUCAUGUCUGCUGGACUUGUACUUAAGGGAAGAUGAAUCGACUGGGUCUUCUACCGAUGUUAAUGAUAGCGAAGGCGACGAUGGAAAUAGUUCUACUAAAUAUGAUAAGGCCGGUAAAUUACGAAAGUUACGACACGAACAAACCCACGAAGCAGGAGCCGCAGGACACGGUUCCGGCUUAGGAGCAAACAUGCGCAGUAUUGUGAUAAUUAUAAUGAUGAUGUUACUGAUGAUGUUUGCCGUACAUUGCACCUGGGUCACAGGAAACGCCUAUUCGAGCCCAUCCAUCGUCCUGGCAUCCUACAGCGGAGACGGUACCAGGCAGAUCCUGGACGAUUUCCGCGAAGCCUACUACUGGUUGUCCCAAAACACGGCAGACGAUGCUCGUGUCAUGUCCUGGUGGGAUUACGGUUACCAGAUAGCGGGAAUGGCCAAUCGGACGACCCUGGUGGAUAAUAAUACGUGGAAUAAUAGUCAUAUAGCCCUGGUGGGUAAAGCCAUGUCCAGCAAGGAGGAAGAUGCCUAUGAAAUCAUGACCAGUUUGGAUGUCGAUUAUGUUCUGGUUAUUUUUGGAGGAGUCAUCGGUUAUUCGGGGGAUGAUAUUAAUAAGUUUUUGUGGAUGGUCAGGAUUGCAGAGGGGGAGCAUCCUAAGGAUAUAAAGGAAAGUGACUACUUCACCGACCGCGGCGAGUUCCGUGUGGACGCCGGCGGAGCGCCCGCCCUUCUGAAUUCCCUAAUGUACAAACUGAGUUACUAUCGUUUCGGAGACUUCAGACUAGAUUAUAGGGGUCCAUCGGGCUUCGACAGGACACGGAAUGUAGUUAUCGGAAAUAAAGAUUUCGAACUCAAGUAUCUGGAGGAGGCCUACACGACUGAACACUGGCUGGUCAGGGUGUACAGAGUCAAGAAGCCCGAUGAGUUCAACAGGCCUAGGAUCGAACAGGCUAAUAGGGUCGUCAAGACGAAACAGCUGGUUUCGAAAAAGACGACAAGACGCAGAAAAGGUACCUUAAAAAAUCGCCCCACAAUAGUUAAAGGCAAAAGGACGAUAGCAACUAAAUAACAUAAAAUUAUUAUAUAAAGAUUCCAAUCAAUUAUCAUCAUCACCGUCGUCGUCGGCCACAAAGAUGAGAACCAACCGGCGACUGAUGAUCUAACACAAUGAUGAUGAUGAUGAUGAUGAUGAUGAUAUGUAUAUAUGUAAUGUUUUUACGGUGUUAAUUUACUAUUAUCGGGACGAAUCAGAUUUUAUUUAUUAAGAAAUGGUAAGUCAGUCACAAAUAUUUUUUCUAAGAGAUGAAUGAUGCACAAUCACAAAACAAAACAAAACAAAACGAAUAGUUAUGAUUUUAAUUUUCUAAUUUUAUGUAUGAUGUACUUCUUGUUGUGUAUUUUAUAUGCAAUAUUGAAUAAAUGAGAGUUGA